UACUCUGACCAGCUCCAAGUUUAGAAUGAAAUUCAGAGAGAAAGCCAUGGAAGAAGGAAGCUGAAAGCAAAGAAACCUGGUAGAAAAGGGAGAGACCAGCAGUUGCUACGCCAACGGAUAGCUGGCACCUGGUCAUCAGGAAGAAGCCUCGAAGAUAACUUGAUUUGGAUAUUUUCCCAGCCUCAAAACCCCCGGCAGACAGUAGCUGUCCUGGUAGUGCCUGUGCAGACAGAAGAACGGUGGACAGGGGAGAGGACAGGGUGUCCCCACCAUGGCCCACACACUGUCCCUGGCUGCAGUCAGGGACCGGUUCCGGAUUCGCAGCCUCCUGGCCCGACAGUGCCUGGCAGAGUUUCUGGGUGUGUUCGUGCUCAUGCUCCUCACUCAGGGGGCCGUAGCCCAGGCUGUCACCAGUGGAGAAACCAAAGGCAACUUCUUUACCAUGUUUCUGGCUGGCUCUCUGGCCGUGACGAUUGCCAUCUACGUGGGGGGCAAUGUCUCAGGGGCCCAUCUGAAUCCAGCCUUCUCCCUGGCCAUGUGUCUCCUGGGACGCCUCCCCUGGGUCAAGCUCCCCAUUUACAUCUUGGUGCAGCUGCUGUCUGCUUUCUGUGCCUCAGGAGCCACCUAUGCCCUCUACUAUGAUGCCAUACAGAACUAUACAGGUGGGAACCUGACAGUAUCUGGCCCCAAGGAGACAGCUUCGAUCUUUGCUACCUACCCUGCCCCCUAUCUGUCCCUGAAUAAUGGCUUCCUGGAUCAGGUUCUGGGCACCGGGAUGCUGAUUGUGGGGAUCUUGGCCAUCCUGGACACAAGGAACAAAGGAGUGCCUGCAGGUCUGGAGCCUGUGGCGGUGGGACUGCUGAUCCUGGUCAUCGGGCUAUCCAUGGGUGCCAACUGUGGAUUCCCAAUCAACCCUGCCCGGGACCUGGGCCCCCGGCUCUUCACCUACGUAGCUGGCUGGGGCUCGGAAGUCUUCAGUGCUGGUAAUGGCUGGUGGUGGGUGCCUGUGGUAGCCCCCCUGGUGGGUGCCAUGCUUGGCACAGCCGUAUACCAGCUGAUGGUAGCUCUGCACCACCCUGAGGACUUGGAGCCAGCUCAGGAUCUGGGGUUGGGCCUACACAAAGCCUGGGACUUGAAAACAGCCUCAGCUCAGGUGCCGGAGUCUAAGCUAUGAUUAUGACAGCUCUCAUCUCCCUCCUGGACACCAGAGAGGGCCAGUGACCCAGGCCUGGUGACAAGACAGACAUUCUCUUUCUCUUUAUUAAUAUGGCAGGUACUGGGCAGGUGCCUGACUUUCUCCCUUAACCCAUCUAGGCAUCUGUUCCUCCUAAACUGGGAAGGAUGCCUGGGCAGGGGAAAACUGGUGGAGGAUGAGGUCCUUACCCCUCCUCUUCCAGCAGGUUUUCUGACGGAGGGACUCCAGUAACGCAGUUCCUCAAAGUAACCGCGAGAGGGUGCGCACCCUGGAUGCUGGAUUGGGAGGGGGCGGGAAUCUACAGGGUGGAGGGAGCUACUAUCCAGCUGGGGGGCAUAACUUCCAAAGCUCUGUCCCCACUGCCAGACUCCCAGCUCUUCUAAUCCCAGCGCCGCCUGCGUUGACCUCACAGUGGUGAUCCCCCAGUCCCCAAGAUUUAAGCACCCUCGGAUAGUAGUUGGGGGCGGGGAAAGUGUCUCUGCCAAGGGGAUGGGGGAGUGGGAGGAGGGAGAGAGGGUGGACAGUGGAACACACCCCUCAAGCACCUUGAGACAGGGAGAGGAAAGCGGAGAAACUGAGGCACUAACCAAUACCUAGACAUUACGGCGCUGUGUCAUUCAAGGAGAGGGUGAAAUACAAUGAGAUGAGCCAGGGCGAGGAAAGAAGGUGAAGGAACAGGACAGGACGGCUCCGAGGAGCAUGAGUAUAGAAAAAUCGGGGGCUAAAGGGAAACGGGAAGUGAGGAAAAUGCUCGUAGUUCACCUAUUCCCUGGCUCUCACGCGCCUUC